UUAAAAGAGGAAAAAAUGAAUGAAUUAAGCGGCAAAAUUAAUCCAAAAAUUUUAGAGCAUUUACGUAAAAAGACAAAGUUUACCAAGGAUGAGUUGGAUGCUUUAUGUCGUAUUUAUCGUAAAUUGGUUAGUAACUGCCAAUUCGCUAAUAAAACCUUAACAGUUAGCAGUUCAGGAGCUGCUAUUGUUAAGCCGCAACAACAGGAGGGCAUUGAGCGAAUUGUAUUCCGUGAAUUAUUGCAUAGCACUUUCGAUAUUGUGACCGAAGAAAUUUUAAUGGAACGGAUGUUUUGUAGUUGGGAUAAAUCCCACGAAGGUUUGCCUUUACGUUUGGAUGGCUGGCUAGUGGGUCUAUCAGUGUUUUUGCGCGGAACACGUAAUGAAAAGGCAGCAUUUUGCUUUCGCGUUUACGAUUUGAAUGGCGACGGUUUCAUCACCAAAGACGAAAUAUUUACACUAUUGCGCAAUUCUCUUAUCAAACAGCCACAGGAUGAAGAUCCUGAUGAAGGAGUUAAAGAUUUAGUGGAAAUUGUUUUAAAAAAGUUCGAUAUAGAUAAAGAUGGCAAGGUUUCCUUGGACGAUUUUAUGAUGACAGUAGAAAAAGAACCGUUACUUACCGAAGCAUUUGGUCAAUGUUUGCCAGCGGAAAGUGCUAUUAUUUCAUUUUUUUCUACGCUACAAGUUUAA